CUGGAAAGAAUCGCCUAAUUGCACGUCCCUCCGCAUGACUGCCAAACUGGUCCCCUAGAUCGGCUUGACUUACGUCGCCUUCGCGUCAAGUUUCUUCCGGCGGGCAACGGCACCUCUAGAUUUGUGCUCGCGCUCACCAAACGCCUCGAGAUAGAUGACGCGCAUUUCAAGUCCCAUUACAGUCAAUUAAAAGUAUCCAGCUCAGAUGUUCUGCUCUCUGGCUCGUCGCUGACCCAGCUGUGUGACUGAUCAACGACUACCCCGUAAAGAAGCAACCAAUCCUCCAUGGAUUGUGCCAAGCAAGUCUGCGUCACGACCAAAAACCUCAUGAUAUGAUGGAGAACUUAACCCUCAACGACCCCCCGCCACCCGGACCUCAAUCGGGAGGACCGAUGCCGCCGGUGUUGGGAGGACGAGCACCACCGCUACCUCCACAACCGCAGCAGUUACCGCCGCAGAUGUUUACGACGGCCGCGCAACUCCUCGACCUCACGGACAAGAAGCUUUUAAUCUGCCUCCGAGAUGGGAGGAAAUUGACGGGCAUAUUACGGAGCUGGGAUCAAUUCGCAAAUCUUGUCCUACAGUCUACCGUCGAGCGCAUAUACGCCACUCUCCCGGGUGCGAAAGAGUCAUCCGCAUUAAAAGGCUACUACGCAGACAAGCCGCACGGCAUCUUCCUUGUGCGGGGGGAGAACGUGCUCCUCCUUGGCGAAAUAGACCUCGACAAAGACGACGAGUCGCCCCUGGGCUUUGAGCAAGCCGAACUAGAGAAGGUGGAGAAGCUGGCCAAGGAACGGAAGGUAGUGGAGAAGGCCAAGGAGAAGAAUAAGCUCAAGCAGCUCGCCACGCUGGGAUUCGAGGGCGAGGCCUCAGGGGAGAUUUUCUUGUGAGCAGGCGAGGUGAUGCGGCAGCUCCGUCAACGCAUUGCGAGGCAGAAUAUUGUGAAAUGCCUCUGAGUCCAGCCAAGUACUUGGUAUGGUCGGUUAGUCCUUGUCAUCUUUAUCGGGCUUGGGCUAGGUUGAUGACGGCAACCUACAUAAACUGAAAAAAUGCAGAGUGCAACUGCAGUUCGUUUUCAUUGCAGUCAAUCAAAUCAAAACACGCGGCAAGACGUAAGAUCA